UAUCCAGUACAUUAAAAACUGUAUCAUAUUCAUAUUUUGGACUAAAUACUCGUUUGGGAGCAUAGGAAUAAAAAAUUCCGGCGGAGUAAGAAGUCAAGACGGGCUUAUCACUUCUUUGCAUUUCGUGACAGCAAAUAUACUUUGCCCAUUCGCAUUGGCUUGUUUUUUAUUUACUUCACAAAGAGAAGGGGAAACCGGAAAAGGAGAAGAAAUAUUCUUAUAUGUGCUAGCCGUUUCAUAAAGACGAUCGAUUAAAGGGGAAAAAUGAAGAACAAAGGAAGUAAAAGUGGAGGGGGUAAUUGGUUGAGUCUAGGGUUGCCGUCGAUUUUCCUCCUGUGCCUCUUCUUCUUUCUCGCCGGCUUAUUUGGUUCUUCCCUUUUCUCUCAACAGGACAUUUCAAGUACUUUAAGGCCACAACCGCGGGGACUGGAGGAGGAGAAUAAUCAAGAGUUUGAUUUGUUGCCACAUGGAAAGACAGGACAGGCGUCUCUCACACGGAUACCUUUUCAGAUUUUAAGCUGGAGUCCUCGGGCAUUAUACUUUCCAAAUUUCGCCACUGCAGAACAAUGCCAAGGCAUUAUCAAAAUAGCAAAGAACGACCUCAAACCAUCAUCCUUAGCUCUACGCCCGGGAGAAACAGCGGAUAAUACAAAAGGAGUUAGGACAAGUUCUGGCACGUUUAUAAGCUCGUCUGAAGACAAAACUGGACUUCUGGAUCAGAUUGAGGCAAAAAUUGCAAAAGCAACAAUGAUCCCCAGCGAUCAUGGAGAGGCUUUCAAUGUCUUGCGUUAUGAGAUUGGUCAGAGAUAUCAGUCUCAUUAUGAUGCAUUCAAUCCUGCUGAAUAUGGUCCACAGAAGAGCCAAAGGGUUGCUUCUUUCUUGUUGUAUUUAUCUGAUGUUGAGGAAGGGGGAGAAACUAUGUUUCCUUUUGAGAAUGGGCUAAACAUGGAUGGGAAUUAUGAUUUCAGCAAAUGUAUUGGUCUAAAAGUAAAGCCCCGCAGAGGGGAUGGACUUCUGUUCUACUCACUGUUCCCAAAUGGUACAAUUGAUCCGUUAUCUCUUCAUGGGAGCUGUCCGGUUAUCAAAGGGGAAAAAUGGGUAGCCACAAAGUGGAUCAGGAAUCAAGUGCAGGACGACGAAGAUUAAUGUGGAAAUUAAUCACAUCAUAGUAUAGCUCUAAUUAUCCAAGACUCAGACAUUUAUUUAUGGUACAACUUGUAGUUUGCAACAAAUUUUGCUGUGUAUAGAAUACAAUAAAUAACAUCCGUCAUCUCUCACAAGAUUGUUCCAUUUGUGAUUUAGAGGAAUAGCUUUAUUAAAUCUUGAAACCACUGAAGAAAUA